CACAACAAAGCCCAUAAUAAAAAGCGUAGACCCAUCGUUAACCCUUAACGGUCGCCUUAGAUAGAUAUUCAAAAUUUAAAACGCCAAUCGCAGAAAAGGAAAAGAAAUAUCCUCACCCCUCUCUAUCUUUAUUUUCACCCAAGCUUUUUUCAUUUUCUUCAUUCUUCUGAAGAGAGAGAGAUAACGAGAGAGAAACAAACAAAGCUUAAUGGAGGAUGUUCAGAUCAACGCAGCGACCUCCUCAUCCGAUUCACCACCGGAGAUUCCCGAUCCCCAAUUCGUUAGCGACACAACUGAGAAAUCAAAGCUCGGCGACACACCCAUGGACGAGCGCGACGAUUCCAUGGUCUGCGAUCCCAAUUCAAGACUCGUUCUCACCGGUUUCACAGAAGCUAAUCACUCAGAUGAUACCAUUAUGUUCAUAAACGCUGGAGGAGCUGAUUCGAAGGUGCUGGAUUCCGAGAUGAGUAUCCUCGGAGAUACCUGUUUCGAAGGAGGAGGUGUGUUGAGAACAGAUGAGUCUAUAGUCGAAGCGGGGGACUUCCCGUUCAUCUACCAGUCAGCUCGUGUGGGGAACUUUAGCUACCAACUAAACAAUCUUCUUCCUGGGGAGUACUUUGUGGAUUUUCAUUUCGCGGAGAUUGUUAACACUAAUGGACCUAAAGGGAUUAGAGUGUUUAAUGUCUAUGUUCAAGAUGACAAGGUCUUAUCUGAAUUCGAUAUCUUCUCGGUGGUUGGCGCAAACAGGCCUCUUCUGUUGGUUGACUUAAGGGUUGUGGUAGUGGAUGAUGGUUUGAUAAAGGUUAGGUUCGAAGGAAUCAAUGGAAGUCCAGUUGUUUGUGGGAUUUGUCUCAGGAAAGCACCACAGGUUUCAGUUGUAAGGACAUCACAAGAUUGUAUUAAGUGUCAGAACUGUGCUACCGAAAUAGAGAUUUCUCCCGCUCGGAAGAGGCUUAUGCGAGCAAAGGCUCAUGAGAAGUAUGAGAAGAAGAUUGAAGAGCUUUCUGAACGAUACCAACAUAAGUCAAAUGAGUGCCACGAAGCAUGGAUGUCACUGACCUCUGCCAAUGAGCAACUAGAGAAAGUGAUGAUGGAACUUGACAAUAAGAUGUAUGAGGCACGCUCUCUAGACCAAACUGUGGAGACGCAAGCAGAUUGUUUGAACAGCAUCACUAGCAAGUAUGAGAAUGACAAGAGACAUUGGACCGCUGCAAUUGCUAGUCUACAGGAGAAAAUAGAGAUAAUGAAAAGGGAACAAUCUCAGCUAUCCCAGGAAGCACACGAAUGUGUGGGAUCAAUUCCUGAAUUGUACAAAAUGGUUGAUGGAGUUCAGGCACUUGUUUCACAGUGUGAGGAUCUCAAGCUGAAGUACAGCGAAGAGCAAGCAAAGCGAAAGGAGCUAUAUAACCAUAUACAAGAGACUAAAGGCAAUAUUAGGGUCUUUUGUCGUUGCCGCCCUUUGAAUAAAGAGGAAACAUCAACGAGGUGUGCCACAGCUGUUGACUUUGAUGGAGCAAAAGAUGGAGAGCUUGGUGUUGUUACAGGAAAUCAUUCCAAGAAGAGUUUCAAGUUUGACAGAGUUUAUACACCAAAAGAUGGUCAAGUUGAUGUCUUUGCAGAUGCUUCUCCAAUGGUUGUUUCGGUGCUAGACGGCUACAAUGUGUGUAUCUUUGCAUACGGGCAAACAGGAACAGGGAAGACGUUUACAAUGGAAGGUACCCCACAGAACAGGGGUGUCAACUAUAGAACCGUUGAGCAGUUGUUUGAAAUUGCUAACGAAAGGCGAGAGACAAUUUCAUAUAAUAUUUCUGUUAGUGUCCUUGAGGUCUACAACGAACAGAUAAGAGACUUAUUGGCAACAUCACCAGCUUCAAAGAAGUUGGAGAUCAAACAAUCAUUUGAUGGAUCCCAUCAUGUUCCUGGGUUAGUUGAAGCAAAAGUGGAAAAUAUAAAUGAAGUGUGGAAUGUGCUUCAAGCUGGGAGCAAUGCAAGAGCUGUUGGAUCCAACAAUGUGAAUGAACAUAGUAGCCGCUCGCACUGCAUGCUCUCUAUAAUGGUGAAAGCGAAGAACCUGAUGAAUGGUGACUGCACAAAAAGCACGCUUUGGCUUGUUGAUUUAGCAGGAAGUGAGAGGUUGGCAAAGACUGACGUGCAAGGUGAGCGUCUGAAGGAAGCACAGAACAUCAAUAGAUCGCUAUCAGCUCUUGGGGAUGUGAUUUAUGCAUUGGCUACAAAGAGCAGUCACAUUCCAUACCGAAACUCGAAAUUAACUCACUUACUACAAGAUUCAUUGGGAGGUGACUCCAAGACGCUGAUGUUUGUGCAAAUCAGUCCUUCUGAGCACGAUGUGAGUGAGACUUUAAGUUCACUAAACUUUGCAACGCGUGUGAGAGGAGUUGAGUUGGGUCCUGCGAGGAAGCAAGUUGAUACCGGUGAGAUUCAGAAGAUGAAAGCAAUGGUGGAGAAAGCAAGACAUGAAAGCCGAUCUAAAGAGGAAUUGAUAAAGAAGCUGGAAGAGAACAUACAGAACCUGGAAGGUAAGAAUAAAGGAAGAGACCAUUCAUACCGAAGUCUCCAGGAAAAGAACAAAGAGCUUGAAAGCCAGCUUGAGUCACUGCAUAACCAAUCGGAAAAGCAAAACGCACAGCUUCAAGAAAAACUAAAAAGCAGAGAUGAGACUUGUACCAAUCUCCAGCAGAAGGUCAAGGAGCUAGAGUGUAAGCUUCGGGAGAGACACCAAUCAGACUCUGCAGCUUACCAACAGAAGGUUAAGGAUCUUGAGACUAAGUUGAAAGACUCUGAAGGAAACUCCCUUGUGUUGCAACAGAAGGCUAAGGAUUAUGAGAAUAAGUUGAAAGAUUCUGAAAGCAACGCUCUUGUAUGGCAACAUAAGAUUAAAGAGUUGGAGAGAAAACAAAAAGACGAGCAAACUCAAGAAGCAGUUUUACUACGACAGAAGAUUAAAGAGCUUGAAGUGAGGCUAAAGGAGCAAGAGCUGCACGUACAGCAAAUGGCAGCAACGAGAGAGUUCCCUGAUGUUGCGAGUGCUACUCCUAACGAAGUGAAGACUUGUUUCAAAGAAGAUAACUUCGGCAAUGAGAAUGCGGAAUCCAACAACAAUAACAACAACAUCUUGAGAACAUCAAACCGGCUCAAGGCUAGUGCUGCUCGAAGAAACGAUUCUUUGAACCUCAAUGAAGCGACUAGAAAGAAGAGGGUCUCGAGAAGCGGUGAAACAGAGAACAACGGUGGUGAUGAACCUCAGAUGAAGGAGAAACGGAUCAGGAAAUCAGACCCACCAAAAGUUGUUGCCAGAUUAACCAGACCAACGAGACCAGUGAGUUCGUCGAACCAAGUCCCUGUGGCUCAGAAGAGAGUUGUUAGCAGAGAACAACAACAAGCUGUGGUUGGGAAAGAGAGAGACCCCAAGAAGAGGAUGUGGACAAGAUAAGAGAAAUAGCUUUUAAAUAUCUCUCUAAUCUCUGUGUGAUUUGCUUGAUUACAUCGAUGGUUUAUGUAACAUACCUUAAGCUUUUGCUCAUUACUAUCCUCAUCAUUGCCAUUGUUUCAUUAUUGCUACUAGUAGUUGCUUCUCUUGGUUCUUACAUGGCUAAAAAGGCAAUGGGAACAAAAGAGCAUGGGUUAGAAAUAGUACAAUGAGUACUACUAGCAGUCCUAUCAUUUCUUC